CUCUCCUUGGACUCCAGCCAUAGCCCUUCCUCCCUGAGCAGCUCGGAAGGCAGCUCUUCUUCCGCUUCCUCCUCUUCUUCUGCUUCCUCCUCUGCCUCUUCUUCCUUUUCUGAGGAAGGUGCUGUUGGUUACAGCUCUGAUUCUGAGACCCUAGAUCUAGAAGAGGCCGAAGGUGCAGUGGGCUACCAGCCAGAAUACUCCAAGUUCUGCCCGAGCUACCAGGAUCCUUCUCAGCUCUCUUGCCUUCCCUACUUAGAACAUGUGGGCCACAAUCACACGUACAAUAUGGCACCCAGUGCCCUUGACUCUGCUGAUCUACCACCACCCAGCACCCUCAAGAAAGGUAGCAAGGAAAAGCAGGCUGACUUCCUGGACAAGCAGAUGAGCCGAGAUGAGCACAGAGCCCGAGCCAUGAAGAUCCCGUUCACUAAUGACAAAAUCAUUAACCUGCCUGUAGAGGAAUUCAAUGAGCUGCUGUCCAAAUACCAGCUCAUGAGCGAGGCUCAGCUGAGCCUCAUCCGGGACAUCCGGCGCCGGGGCAAGAACAAGAUGGCCGCACAGAACUGCCGCAAGCGCAAGCUGGACACCAUCUUGAACCUAGAACGUGAUGUGGAGGACUUGCAGCGAAACAAGGCCCGAUUGCUCCGAGAAAAGGUAGAGUUCCUGUGGUCACUGCGACAGAUGAAACAGAAGGUCCAGAGCUUAUACCAAGAAGUAUUUGGGCGGCUGCGGGAUGAGAAUGGGAGGCCCUACUCGCCCAGCCAGUAUGCACUGCAGUAUGCUGGGGAUGGCAGUGUCCUCCUCAUCCGUCGCACGAUGGCUGACCAGCAGGCCAGGCGACAGGAGAGAAAGCCAAAGGACCGGAGGAAGUGAGCCUGGGGAGGCAGGGGGUGGACGCUCACUAAGACCGAAACUGGAGAAGGGCUGGGCCUGGACCUAACAUUGGGGACUUAAAUGCCUUCUUAUCCAAUAUAUCUUCUCAGAUGGGA